AUCCAGGAAAUGGGCUCUUUGAAGGAUAAAGUGCAUUCAUUGGUCGAGUUCCUGUCUGUCACAGAUCCACAAGGCGCCACCCUUCAGGCAUACCUUAAAAAUUCUCACCCUAUCGAGUAUAACCUCAUAACUGUACAUGGUAUGUAAUAGCACAUUGGCAAAGUGACUGGAAGUAAUUUGUUUUUAAUGAGAGUGACAAAAGUGACAGUGGCAGUUGCCAGUGCAACUAAAUUAAAACCCCUUAAACACUACGAUCCCGCCGGUGGGUCCAGAGGAGGGGCACUAUAUUGCGAAGUAAGUUUACGCUUAAAACGUUAAAGUCACCAGUUAUAUAAGCCAGGCGUAUGUGGUAUCCUGUGAAAGCUUAGAAUCUGAACACCAUCUUUUCAUAGAACACCAUAACUUUUGCAUCUAUGUUACAUUAUAUAACAAAAUAAAGCCAGAAAAUAUCUAUAUCGCAACUAAGCGCUACCUAGAGGUAAUGUGGUAGAGAUAUUAAUAUGAAUAUAAAAGGGGGCCUGGGUAGCUCAGUGAGUAAAGAUGCUGGCUAUCAGCCCUGGAGUCACGAGUUCGAAUCCAGGGUGUGUUGAGUGACUCCAGCCAGCUCUCCUAAGCAACCAAAUUGGCCCGGUUGCUAGGGAGGGUAGAGUCACAUGGGGUAACCUCCUCGUGGUCGUUAUAAUGUUCGCUCUCAGUGGGGCACAUGGUGAGUUGUGCAUGGAUGCUGCAGUUGAUGGCGUGAAGCCUCCACACGUGCUAUGUCUCUGCGGUAACGCACUCAACAAGCCACGUGAUAAGAUGCAUGGGUUGAUGGUCUCAGACAUGGAGGCAAGUGAGAUUUGUCCUCCACCACCCAGAUUGAGGCGAGUCACUAUGCCACCACGAGAACUUAGAGUGCAUUGGGAAUUGGGCAUUCCAAAUUGGGGAGAAACAAAAAUAUAUGAAUAUAAAAGUAUUUCACAUAGCACUUAAAUAAACAAGUCAUAUACUGUAUCAAAUAUAAACUUUCAUUCUCAGGAAUGUGCCUUUGCAGUUUAUUUUGUUGCCUUAUACCACAGUUUGAAACAUUUUCAAAAGAAUCACAAAGUUCAGAUUUAUGCAAAUGAGCAGUAACUACCAAUCAGCAUGAAGACCAUGGAGCUCAUGUGUUCCGCUUCUUGAUAUAGUUGAAUAACAAGGUUGAACGAAGUUCAGAAGUUAAAACUGAAGUGUGUAACUUUAUUGGUGCAGAAAUAGUUUCACCUUUCUGAGCUAUAUAUGUAAAGACAGCUAUAAGUAAGACAUUUUAAGGUAAGUUUUCUCGAAAACUGUAAACACUGAGUCUCUAGCCGCUUUUCCACCAUCGGGCCAAACAGUUCUCAUCGCAAAACCGUACCGUUCCGGGCCAAUACUCUAAACAUACACUAUUUUUUAUUAAUUUUAUUAACUUCAGCCAAAUAUUAACCAACUUGGCAAGCUAAAAACAAUUAAAGCACUGACAGUUGUGAGUCACCACGUACUAAAGCCAUUCCACCAGCACGUUUGAGAAUGUUUGAGUAUGGUUAGCUAUCCGUGCCGAGAACGGUUUAUAAUCGUGCCGUGCCGAACCGAGCUCAAGUGGAAAUGCUACAAUAACCUUUCCGUACUCUUCUCAGAACCUUUCUGAUGGUGGAAAAGUGGCUUCUGUGGCACUGUAAAAAUUCCUAUGUUUGUUUUGAGAGACCCGUCCAGCCUGGCACAACAACACUGAACCAAUGGCACUCUGUGGUUCAUCAGCAUAAAGAUGCGCUCCUUCAGCGACUUAAAGAAGAAAACGAAAAUUCUUCGUACCAAGGCAUUAGUAACUCAUAUAGCUCUACGCUCCUACUCAUAGAGAGUGUUUCUGACCUACAACAACGAGAGCAUGACCUCGUACAAGUGUCUGUAAACAGAGGGGCGGGACCUCUUCACGGUCGAGCGCUGGGAUUGGACAAACUAAUUGCACCUUUGACGAGGGUUAGCACCGCCCCACGAGUGACAUUGACAGUGGGCGUGGCUGGUAGCGGGAAGAGCCGAUUGGUCCGCCGUUUUGUCCGCAUCUGGAGCGGCGGGCAGAUCUAUCCAGACCUGAGUCUCGUAAUCCCUAUCGCUUGCUGGGAGUUGAGCAGUUUCGAUCGCUUAUCGGUUGAGCGUUUGCUGCGAUUGUUUAUUCCGUAUGAUAACGUGGAUGUAAUUGUUUUUAACGAAGCCUGCAAAGUGCUACUCAUCUUUGACGGAUUGGAAGAAUUCCGUCAGCCUCUUGAUUUCGCAGAUGCACCGCCCACUAGCGACCCUCGGCGGGAAAUUCCCAUCUCGGACCUCAUUACAAAUAUCGUUCGUGGUAACCUCUUGCCAGGGGCGACGCUUUGGCUUUUGUCAAGGCCUGGCAUUGGGGCGAAAGUGCCGGCAGGACUGGUUGAUCGUGUAACGGAAGUCUCGCCUCUAUCACAAACGCAAAUAAAGGAUUACGUUAAUCAUUGUAUUACUAACACACUGGAUGUGUACUCUUUACCGGAAGAGAACUCAAAGUCAAGAACAUCAAGUCUUAGCGAUUCUCACACCUACAUACCCGAUGAUGUCUCCUCCCAGGUGUGGACAUACCUGAAUUCCCAGAAACCAUUGCUCAUUUUGUGUACCGUGCCCGCUGUCUGCCAUAUUAUCGUAACAACACUGUCUCGCCUUCAGAAGGGGGAAACAGAUGCAACUUUCCUUCCUAGGACCCUAACAGAGGUCUACGCCCACUUCUGUUGGCCACACUUCUCCAGACCUGAUUCGGGAUCCAGUGGCAUUAUCAGAAAGCCACUGAGCACGUUGGGUCGUUUGGCAUUCUAUAGUGUGUUACGUCGACGGCAUACGUUCAGCGAGACUGAAUUGCGAACUUACGGGUUUGAUGCACCACCUCAGGUAGGGACUCUUGGCUACCGAAUUCUCCGGCGUAAGCGAAGCUGGUUGUCUGAUAACGUCGCGUGGCAGUUCAUGCACACUUCCGUGCAGGAAUUCCUGGGAGCGCUGUUUUACUACGUUUCUUCGAGGCGUGGAAUGUUCGAUCUGUUCUCGGAAAGUGGCGUCUCAUGGCCACGUAUUGGUUUCAAUAGCCACUACCGUGCUGCGCUGCAGAAAACCAACCAGUCAGACGUCUCCGCCCAAGGCAACCUCGACCUUUUCAUGCGAUUUCUGUCAGGACUGUUGUCGCCAACAACAAGUGCUUUGAUGGGUGGUCCGCUGGGUGUUGGACGCGAGGAGCAGGUGACCCAGCGCACCAUGGCGACAAGCUUGCUUCAGAAUGCAGUGACCGGGUCAGGAGGCGACGCCGUCAGUAUGCGCAGUGUCACCAUGGUUACGUGUCUGGCAGAGUUGCAGCAGGGGGAGUGGCUAAGGUCAGUGGAGGAGGAUCUAAUUAACUGCAGCCUGCGGGGAAAGUUAAAAGGUGGAGUUUGUUCUGUGCUAGCAUACUUGUUGCAGGUAUCAGAUGCAUGUACUGAUGAGGUGCAACUGUCCAAUUGCCUAGACUCCUCCUCCUUGAAAAGUCUUCUCCCACAGCUCCUGUACUGUAGUAAGCUAAGAAUGGAAAACAAUGAAUUUAAGGAAGGUGCAAUGGAAUUGUUGGGAAGUUUGCUGAGUGCCAAGGAGUGUCAUAUUCAGACCCUCAGUCUAGCUGAUAACUCAAUAAGCAGUAAAGGCGUCAAACCACUCAGUCGAGCUCUUCUAGUCAACCGAACCCUCACAGCUCUCGAUCUCCGUGGUAACAACAUCGGUGCCAAGGGAGCAAAGACAUUGUGCGAGGCCCUAAAAAUGAACCAGGUCCUUGUCUCAGUCAAUCUGCAGAGUAAUCAAAUUGAGGAUGAUGGUGCCCGUGCGCUGGCCGAGGUUCUUCAGUCAAACCGAAAGCUCACCACAUUGAACAUUCAGAAGAACAACAUUGGACCAGACGGAGUGAAAAAAAUCGCAGAUGCGCUCAGGAAGAAUCAGACUCUACAGGACCUAAAUGUUUCCAGCAAUCAUUUAGGUGAUUUGGGGACAGUGGCUCUGGCUCAAGCUCUUAUGGACAACCACACAGUCCACACACUCAGUCUUCAAAGUAACUCUGUUAGCGACAGAGGAAUUAAAACUCUCUCACACGCUCUUCAAUCAAACCGAGGACUCAGCAUUCUGAAUCUAAGGGAGAAUUCCAUAGGAGUUGCAGGUGCCAAAGAUAUCGCCAAAGCCUUAAAAGUCAACACCUGUCUCAGAGAACUUGAUCUGACAGCUAAUCUUCUUCAUGAUGAGGGGGUGACAGCUAUUGCUGAAGCCAUUAGGGUCAACAGAGCGAUCACUUCAUUACAUCUCCAGUGGAACUUUAUGAAGGCUGGAGCAGCUAAAGCCCUUUCACAGUCUCUCAUGAGCAACACCUGCAUUCAGCUGCUGGAUCUGCAGGAGAACACUCUGGGUGAUAAUGGUGUCAUUUCACUGGCCAGUGCACUGAAGACAAACUCCUCUCUCAAUGUCCUCUAUCUUCAGGGUGUAUCUGCAGGUAAAGCAGGGGCUGUGGCACUGGCUGAAGCUCUGGUGGUCAAUGAAACCCUUCAUACACUAGAUCUCCGUGGCAACUCCAUUGGGAUGGAGGGAGCGAAAGCGUUUUCCAGCGCUCUGAAGAUUAACAGGAAUUUGAGAAGUCUCAAUCUACAGGAGAAUUCUCUGGGGAUGGAUGGAGCGAUCUUCAUUGCCACAGCGUUGAGAGGAAACCAUCAACUCACUUACAUUAAUCUUCAGGGUAAUGGCAUCGGUGAGUCAGGGGCAAAGGUCGUCUCUGAUGCCAUCAAAGCUGGUGCGCCAGAGUGUGUGGUGGAUAUCUAGCAUGCACACAUACUCUCAACAAAGCAAACAUUGUAUAAUGUAAAUUAAUGUAUAUAUUUAUUCCAUGUAAUAAUAUAAGUUUAUUUGAUUUUACAGUACUGACAGAGAUAUUACCUUAAAGACAAUUACAACAAUUUGACUUGCAAUUAAAUUUAUUUUAUCCGAUUUACCGAUUUAAUUCUAUUCAAUUCUAUGCGACAAUUUAUGUAAGAAUGGAUUAAUGAAAUGUUUCAUGAAUGAAGCCUUUUGAGCAUAUUUUUCCAUGUAGUUGCAUAUGAUUCAUGUAUGUACGCCAUUAUAUAAUCAUUUAAUGCAUGUCAGUUGUGUCUGCAUGUAUGUUAAAAAUCAUUAUCGCUCUCCUUGAGGAUUUGCGGGUGCAAUGAUCGGUUUGAUCAUCCGGGUUUGACAGAAGAGCCCUCGAGACUGUCAUUAGCCAUUAUCAUGUAAAUCCUCGUUUUCCUCCUCUUCCUCAUCCUCCUCAUCUUCAUCAUCUUUGUCAACAUCGAUCUCACUGUUUGACUGCAAACAAAAACUAAUCACCACUUAUAUAGCAUGAUUAAAAUACAGUUUUUUUUGUUUUUUUAUUUUCUCCCCAGUUUGGAAUGCCCAAUUCCCAAUGCGCUCUAAGUCCUUGUGGUGGUGUAGUGACUCGCCUCAAUCUGGUUGAUGGAGGACGAAUCUCAGUUGCCUCCACGUCUGAGACCGUCAAUCCGCACAUUUUAUCACGUGGCUUGUUGAGCGCGUUACCGCGGAGACAUAGUGCGUGUGGAGGCUUCAAACUAUUCUCCGUGGCAUCCACGCACAACACACCACGCGUCCCACCGAGAGCGAGAACCACAUUACCCCAUGUGACUCUACCCUCCGUAGCAAUCGGGCCAAUUUGGUUGCUUAGGAGACCUGGCUGGAGUAACUCAGCACGCCCUGGAUUCGAACUCACGACUCCAGGUGUGGUAGUCAGCAUCAAUACUCGCUGAGCUACCCAGGCCCCCCACAAAAUGCAAUUUUUUUAGGCAUUACAUAAACAAAAAAGUGUUCGAAACCAUGUUCUUGCCUUACCAUUAUGGUAAGCCUAUAAGUAACAACAGAGCACAACAGUCUGGAUCUGGAAGUAAAAAUCCCAUUAAUUUUUUCCAUAGGGGAAUUUAUUAUUUAUGAUAACUUAUAAACCUUUAAAGACAGACCUACCGUAAGCUCCAAGGUUGUUAAUUGGUGGUUUAUGCCUCUGUUGGAGUCUGUUAUUUCAACUUAAACUUCAAAGUUAAGAUUAAUAGUGGAAUUCCUGGUAAAGAACUACACUACCCAUGAUCCUACAUAGAAAGGAUCCACUAAUCAAGAGAAUUGCAGUGCCUCCCUACAAUGUGACAUCACAAUGUAGAGCAAGUAGAGAACGAGUCAUUUUGGCAGCUUGGCUUCAACAAAUGCUCUUUUUGCAGUGAGAAGGAAGUUUUGAGUUCUGAAACUUACAGUAUGUUUUUAUGAACUCUGUUUUUAUAUGUCAAAAGAUCAAGGAAAUUCUGCAUGUCAUGACCUCUUUAAUACAAUUCUUGAAAACGACGUUUGCAUACUUUUUAGAAGCAUAAAUGCAAUCCAAUAAUUGAUCCUAACUAUAUAUU